AUGAAUUACAUACCCCCCUCGGUUUUCUCUGAUUUAAAACGCAGACAACUCAUUUUUAAAUCAACCAAUAUACCUACAUUUUCGAAAACUACAACAUUGGAAGGUUAAAUGAAGUCAAAGAAAGUCUUAGGUAUAAAGAAAAAAAUCAAAAAAAAAAUUUACAUCAUUUUCAUUAAUGGGGAGUCUCUUGGUUCUCCUUACAAUACAAAUUAAUUUUUGCUUAAGAAGCACGAAUCACUAGAUAACAACAACAGAAAAGAAGUAUAACCACCAGGGAGCUUGUUAGCAUAUCUAUUGAAUGAAAAGUAGGUUGAUCAUUAAUCACCUAUUACUAACAAUUUUGACUCAAUUAAAGAAACAUAAGAACUGCCUUAAGUCCCUCUUAAUUAAUACUAAAUUUGA